AUGCCUGCAGUGGUACCUUUGCCUCAACCGGGUCCUCCCAAAUUCAUCACUCUCGAGGAACAUAAGCAACUGACCGCCUCGACGCCUUCAUCGUUUGGAGACAUCCCGCCCAUACUACAGCGCAAAGAAGAGAACGUACAAAUCACGUUCGACCCGCCUGUUCCAGACUUUUCGAGCGAGGGAAAAGGGACUUUUGCACUCGCGUUUGUCUGGCCGUCCGGCACGGGGUUCACGAUCGAGUACCCUCGAAUUACCUUGCACGCCGUGUCAAGAGGAGAGUCUGGGCCAUCCGUAUACUGUCAACUGGACGAGAGCGCCGAAGGCCCUGGUGCGCCAGGCGGGGACGAGGAGCAGGUCGAUUCAGAAAUGAGGGAAAUGAAGAUUAUCCCGUCCAACCCGGAAAGCGUCGAGCCGAUUUUCGAAGCCCUCUCACAAUGUGCGGCCUUGCAUCCUGACCCGAACGACGGAGGCGAAGACGACGGAUGGGUUGACGAAGGCGAUGGCGGGUUUGACACGUUCGAUGGCACCAACGAAGAAGAGUUGAGUGAGGUUGGCAGGGCUGCCCUUGCACAUCUCGAGUCAAUCAUUGUCUUUCCGGAACAAACCGAGGACGAAGAGCCAGUGGAGGAGGCACUUGAGGAUGCGGACGAAACAAAGGACAAGAGUGGCGGGACACAACCUAAUACGACAACCAAGUAA